CUGAGCGCAGCCGGCGGCGGGCGGGAGCGCAGCGGCGCGGAACGGUUCCCUGCAGCGCCCCCCGGGGUCCGCCUCCGCCCGCAGCUCCCCCCGCUCGGCACCGGCUUCGUUUUUUUUUGGUUUUUUUUUUUUUUCCUUCCCUUCUUCCCCCCCAUCACCACCACCACCCCCCAGCCCGGUAUUUCCGGCUGUUUUCCGCAUCGCUUCCGGGGGGAGCUGCCGGCGGGGCGAUGCUGGCGGCGGAGGCUGCGGGCUGCUCGGAGCAGCGCACCGGGGAACGCUUCAGCGUGCUGACAUGGGAGCAGGUGCAGCGGUUGGACCAGAUCUUGGGCGAGACCGUCCCCAUCCACGGCCGAGGCAACUUCCCGACGCUGUCCGUGAAGCCCCGAACCAUCGUGCAGGUUGUCCGCAGUCGCCUGGAGCAGAAGGGGAUCGUGGUGCACAACGUGAGGCUGAACGGCUCGGCAGCCAGCCACGUGCUGCACCAGGACAGCGGGCUGGGCUACAAAGACCUCGACCUCAUCUUCGGGGUGGAUCUGAAGACGGAAGACGUCUUCCAGCAGGUGAAGGAUGUGGUGAUGGAUUGCCUCCUCGACUUCCUCCCCGAAGGGGUCAACAAAGACAAGAUCACCCCCAUGACCCUGAAGGAAGCCUAUGUGCAGAAGCUGGUGAAGGUGUGCAACGAAACCGACCGCUGGAGCCUCAUCUCCCUGUCCAACAACAGCGGGAAGAACGUGGAGCUCAAAUUCGUGGACUCUCUCAGGAGGCAGUUUGAGUUCAGCGUGGAUUCCUUUCAGAUCAUCCUGGAUUCCCUUCUGCUCUUCGGGGAGUGCUCGGAGAACCCCAUGGCUGAGAACUUCCACCCCACGGUCACUGGGGAGAGCAUGUAUGGGGACUUUGAGGAGGCCAUGGAGCACCUGAGGAGCAGAGUCAUCGCCACCCGGAACCCGGAGGAGAUCAGAGGCGGGGGGCUCCUGAAGUACUGCAACCUCCUGGUGAGGGGCUUCAAGCCCAAAUCCGAGGUGGAUAUGAAGGCUCUGCAGCGUUACAUGUGCUCCAGGUUUUUCAUUGACUUUUCUGACAUCGGCGAGCAGCAGAGGAAGCUGGAGUGCUAUCUGCAGAGCCACUUCGUGGGCAUGGAGGACAAGCGUUAUGACUAUCUGAUGACCCUCCACCGGGUGGUCAAUGAGAGCACGGUCUGCCUCAUGGGACACGAGCGGAGGCAGACCCUGAACCUCAUUGCCACGCUGGCCGUGAGGGUCCUGGCCGAGCAGAACAUCCUCCCCACGGUCACAAAUGUCACCUGCUAUUACCAGCCGGCCCCUUACAUCAGUGAGAUCAACGUCAACUACUACGUGACCCACGUGCAGCCCUUCCUGCCCUGCAACCAAUCCUACCCGACGUGGCUGCCCUGUAACUGAGCUGGGAUGAACUUCGGGGGCCGCCCUCGAGGUAUUCCCUCAUUUUGGGGAGCCAGGAGCGGGGGCGACCUUCCUAGGACUGCAACAAAAGCAAACUUCACUCUCUCCCCCCAGCGUGUGUUGCUGCUGGGGUGGUCAGAGCCAGGCCUGCAGGCUGUGAUGGGCCGCGCAGCGCUGCAGGAGCUCAGAUGGGAAGAUUUAUUGUAGGCAACGGGGGGUGGGGGGGUGUGAGGGGAGAUUGUAGAGUUCCGGUGAGGUAGAUCUGCACUGCCCUGACAUGGAUCUGAAUCUUUUUUUCUUUUUUUUUUUUUAGUGCAGGGGGUGUUAUGGGGUGUGUGCAGACUUGUGGUUUCUGAUGAGAGAAGCCAGAGUGGCUAAUUCCUGUGAACGGACCAAAGAAUCCUGUUUAAGUGCCUGUAACAAUAUAAACACAACUGUACUGUAAACCUGAUACAUAGAUAUAUAUUUUUUGCAGGGGUUGACAUCCCGAGAGCUCGAAGAGGGGAUGUCCUGCGUGGAAAAUGUUUCUGUUGUAUGGGGGGAGGGGGGGAGGGUCGUGAGAUCAUUUCUAGUAGCCUUGCUGGAGGGAGAGUGGGAUUGCAGCGACGUGUCACCGGGGUUCUGGCUUGGAUUGACUGCGUGUAAAUGCCUGAAAUGGGGGGAUGCUGCUGGGGGGAGGUGUGGGUUGACUGAAGUUCCCCAUCCUGUAGUGCCUAAAGGUGAAUUUGUCCAUGGAGGAUGAUGCAGAUCGGUGUGGGAGCCCCAGGCUGUGCAAGGUGCUGUGUUUUCUAGGGGAAUUGGCAAUGCUGCUUUUCUUGGCAUCACGUUUGGGGCUCUGUGGGAAGAGCAGGCUUGUCCUUGAAGCACAACGCGUUCAGGAGGCUGUUAUCUCACGGUGGGGGCUGUGUCCUUGGGGUGGGGGGGAUGCACAGCCCUCUCCCAGCACCCUGAUCCUCCUCCACUUUGGGGCAGGUCCUGUUCAGAAGCAGCUGCUGUGAUCCCAGCUGUGUGAAGCAUUGGAACUCAUCCUCUAGCUUAGAAGCUGAGCUCCUGGGGUCCCAAGUGAGGGGUGGUUGGUGUUAGGAGAAAUUCUGUCUUCCAAACAAGCCCUAUUGUGUCUUGAGGGCCCCGGGGUGCAUCUGUAGGGUGUGCAGAGCCUUUCCCUCAGCUGCCCCUUCUCACCGAGCAUCAUCUCAGGCCAUCUGUGCGUGGAUGGGGGCAGUGGGAAGGCAGCUGGGUGCUCCCUCUGAGGCUCAGUAUCUCUACUAACUCAUUUGUGUUCCUGUGACGACUGUACCAGGCGGGCAGACGUGCUAAAUAAAGUCUAGAUACUUGGACUGUGUCUAGCCAGAUGGCUGCCUUCUUUGGGGGCAGGGGUGAUGCAGGGUGGGGAUGCUACCGGGGGCUCCUUGCGCUUCAUACCAACUAACCAAGCUUCCCAUCAGUGCAGCUUUGCUUCCUGCCCAGCAAAUCCCAUGGAGGAGCACUGGUGUCACUGUGGCUUUCCCACAGGGCAGCUUUGCUUUUGUAGGCACAGCUCACCAGCAGCCUGCAAACUGCUUGGUGCUCUGCUCCGUGCAAAGCUGUUCCAAGGCUGGCUUCGAGAUCCUGACCACCAUCUCCCAUUUCAAGCUCCACGACAUGUAGCAUGCUUCUCUUCAUUCUUACAGGCUCCUUACUCCCUACCCACAGAAACAGAGAUGCACUAAACUGAGGUGUUUUUUCUCCCCCCUCCCUAUUGCAGAUGUGUUUCCCUACAGCUGACAGCUCGACUUACGUUGAGGUUGCACUUUUGGUUUGCGGAGUGCGUGUGGUGGGACUCUUAUGAAUGGGUUGAAUCUGAAUUUUCUAGACCUUGCAGUGAUACUGUGCUGCCUCCUGUGAGGGGGCAUUGGGAAGAUUCCAGUAGCUUGAAUGGCACUUGAUUUUGUUUUAAGUGUUUUUUUUUUCCUACACCUGUAUCACUUGUCAUGCGAUGGGCUUGACAUAGAUUCACUAGAUUCUUUAGAAUCUGUUUAAAAAUAAAUACAGUGUAUUCAAA